ACCUAUGGAACAUGCGUUGAACGAGAGACGGAAGUUCGAGAAAAUGUCCAGGCCGCAGUGAAGGACCUGGAGAAAACGUCAUACACCAUCAAUACAGUGCUUGAAAAGAUGCAUAACACUAGAGGCAUACAGAACCUCCAGACAAUCUGUGAGGAAUGCGUUACCCAGCUAGCAAGUGUACCAGUACUGUAUGAAGCCCUACAGGAGAAGGUCCCGGCAGGCGAGUACUACCGUUUCCACCACAACUUCCGAGGGACCACCCAGCGCCUGGUUGCUGCCACCUGCCUCAUCACGUACCUGCGAGAAAAUCGACUCGCACCACAUGAAGAAGUGGCACAGUCCUUAGGUCUUUGUACGCAGCGGGAGAAGGGUUUCCACCUCGACCUGGAGGACUACCUUCUGGGGACACUCAGCAUCAGUCAUGAGUUGGCAAGACUGGCCAUCAAUUCUGUUAGUGCUGGCGAUUACGCACGGCCCUUCCAGAUACAGCAGUUCCUAAGAGAUCUGCAUGCAGCGUACUCCCUCCUUUUCCCAAAGAACGAAUUACGCAAGAAAUUCGACGAGCUCAAGUAUGCUCUGAAGAAGACUGAGGAGGUGGUAUAUAAUCUAUCCCUCCGAGGUCUCAAACCCCAGGACAGUGAGACUUCAGGAUAAUUACUGUUGACUUUGUCCGUUUUCUUUCGAAGGAUUUUUUAAAAAUUCGUUAUGAACUUUAAUCGUCUCCGUAGCAACUUUGCGAAGAAGACUCGUGUCGUGUGUUGCAAAGUUCUUUAAUUUUUUACAGAGACAUUGAUUUUCCUUUGUAGAACAAAGGUUCUUUGAAGUUCAUGUUUUAUUCAUGUUUGCUGGAGAAAUAUGUCAGUUUUGUUUACUCUGACAUAGUG